CGAGGCGCCGCCGUACGACGCGGCCGAGAUGCGGCUGCUGGAGCAGCAGUACACGCCCGCGCAGCUGGCGGCCAUCCGCGCGGCCGAGGCGGCCAUCGACCCGCGCGACCUCUACACGCAGGGCGCGCCGCGCUCCGACCGCUGGCGGCUGCCGUACGCCGACACCAUGGCCGAGGUCGACCCCGUGACGGACCACGCCGAGAAGCUGACGGGCGCCGACCUGCCCGGCAAGAUCACCAAGCGGCCGGCCAACGAGUACGAGCGCAGCGCCAACAUGGCCCGCGUCGCGUCGGAGCAGCUCGCCAAGAUGUACCCCGACGGCAUCCCCGAGGGCCAGCUGGACCCCGCCCAGGAGGCGCAGCUGCAGGAGGCCAUGGAGGCCGCCCUGACCCAGGCCGCCCUCGACCCGCGCUCGUCGUACACCAGCAAGAACCCGGCCGUGCUGGCCGCCCUGGCCGACCCGCGCCACUCCAUCAUCGCGCCCGACCUGCCGCGCCUCGAGAACCGCAUGGCCCGCCAGACGCGCCGCUCCGGCGACGAGCAGGAGGAGGACCCGCGCGAGCAGCGCCUGCUGCAGUACAUGGGCUGGGGCAAGCCGCAGCUGCGGAAGAUCCGCACCAAGACGCUCGUCGCCCACGGCGUCACCAACCAGACGCGCAUGGGCAAGAUCCGCAGCAUGUACUAUCUGACCAUUGCGGGUAACCAGGACGGCCUGCUCGGCGUCGGCGAGGGCAAGAGCGUCGAGCCCGAGGAGGGCCGCAAGCAGAGCGUCAUGUCGGCCAUCCGCAACAUGAAGCCCGUGCCGCGCUACGAGAACCGCACCACCUUUGGCGACCUGGAGCGCAAGGUCGGCGCCACCAAGGUCCAGCUCUUCGCCCGCCCGCCCGGCUUCGGUCUGCGCACCCAGCACCUGAUCUUCGAAAUGGCCCGCGCCGCCGGCCUGCAGGACCUCGCUGCCCGCACCCCGCGCUCGCGCAACAAGAUGAACGUCAUCAAGGCCACCUGGGAAGCCCUGACCGAGCAGCGCCUGCCCGACGAGAUAGCACGCGCCCGCGGCAAGAAGCUGGUCGACGCUCGCAAGGUCUACUACGGCGGCAGCGUGCACUGAGUCUGAGUCUGAGUCUGAAUCUGAGUACAGAGUGCUGAGUGCUGAGUCUAAGUACUGAGUACUGAGCACCGAGCGCCGAGCACGAAGCACCCUCACGUGGAACCGGCCUGGGUGCAGGGCUGCGCGCAUGCUGUGUGUGCCAUAUGAACCGAUGUAGCACUAGACGGAGCAUGGCGGAGUCGUGUCGCAUUUGCAUUGUAGAAAUCUGUA